CACGUCUCCUCGGGCCUCAGCCCUCCUACCACCCUCGCCGCGGCCGCGCCACACAAAAGCGUCACGCCGUCUGUCACAAAAGCUCACGAGUUGCGUCGCGUCGCGGCCAUGGAGGAGAGAAUUCCCCAACGACCAAGAGAGGCACAAGCACCCACCGUCGCUCAGCCGGCGCCGACGACCGGCAAGCCCUGCGAUGACGGCGAUGCUCUAGCUCCCGCCAUCCAGCUGCUUUCGUCGUCGUCCUCAGGCGAGGAGUCGUCCGACGACGAGGGGGAGCUCGAGUUCGAGUUCCCGUUCGUCAGCAGGGACUCCCCCGCGGGCACGGCCGCCCCGGCCGACGAGCUCUUCGCCGACGGCCGGAUCAGGACUUUCUACCCGGUGUUCGGCCGCGGCGCCAGCAGCCACGGCGGCUGCACGACGCGUCCGGCUGCUCCGGCGGCUGCCCCGCCGCGGGUGAGGGGCCAGCUGGGAAAGUUGUUCCUGGAGGAAACCCGGGAGCGCAACUCCUCCACUAGCUCCACGUCGUCGUCGUCGUCGUCGUCAGGGGCCGCCACGGACGACGACGGCCUGGAAGGCGUGGCGCCGGAGAGCUACUGCGUGUGGCGUCCGGGCUCGUCCGCGUCGCCCUCCCCGCCGACGCCGCCCAGGAAGAGCGGGUCCACGGGGUCCAUGGCGCGAUGGCUCCGCAUCAGCGACCUCGCGGUGGGCCGCAGCCACAGCGACGGCAGGGAGAAGUUCCUCUUUCUCGCCGCCGCGCCGGCGCACGACGCGCCCAGGCGGAGCAAGAAGCCUGCCCCUGUCCCUGCCCGGCCUGCAGGCGCCAGGAAGCCUGCGCCCUCCGCCGCCGUCGCCGCCGCAGACGCCGACACCGCCGCCGCCCACCGGAUAGCGCACCUCGCCAGAGGCGGACUCGGCGUCCCCGUCCCACCAGGCGGCACGCCGCGGCGCACGUUCCUGCCGUACCGCGAGGAGCUCGUGGGCUUCUUCGCCAACGUGAAUGGCAUCAGCCGGAGCCACCACCAUCCGUUCUGACGUCUUGUCACAGGCGAACAAACUAUUCGAUCAGUUACACACCCUGAUUAAUUAUUCAGUUUUCAGGGCUUGGAUUGGAUUGCGGCAAAAAAAAAAAAUCAAA